AUGUCACCACCUCCCGCUGUCCCCGGUUCACCAUAUACAUCCAACCAUAUAUCUUCACCCACAACGACGUCUUUCACCCAAAUGCCAAAUCAACCUAAAGUAUCGCCUCAGGCGGAUGGAGGGAAUGACAAGAAAGAACAGAGAUUGAUUGUAGUCUCGAAUAGAUUGCCGGUGACUAUUAGUAAAGAUGCUAAUGGCGAAUACCAUUUCAAGAUGUCCUCGGGUGGUUUGGUAUCUGCCUUGAGUGGUUGUAAGAAGACGAUGAGUUUCACUUGGAUUGGUUGGCCAGGUAAAGAUAUCCCAUUAGCAGAUCGAGAUCAUGUCAACAAGAGAUUACUCGCGGAAUACAAUUGUUAUCCCGUUUACCUCUCUGAUGAAUUAGCUGAUAGACACUACAACGGUUUUUCCAACUCUAUUCUUUGGCCACUAUUCCACUAUCACCCCGGAGAGAUGAACUUUGAUGCAGCUCAUUGGUUAGCCUAUCGAGAAGCCAACAUGCGAUUUGCAGAGGUCGUCUCGAACUUCUGUCAAUCAGGCGAUAUGGUUUGGGUACAAGAUUAUCACUUGAUGUUAUUACCUAUGUUGCUUCGAUCAAUGAUCUCAGGUGAAUCCGCUCAAGGAGAAAUGGUAAGAAAGGAAUUAGGUAGGGUGAAAGAAGGUGUAGAUGAUGAAGUGGUAAAAGAUGUACUGGGUAUGCAACCUGGUGUAGCUCAAUCUGGUGAAUUAGAUGAUGAAGGUGUAGAAAUUUUGGAUGAUGUUGAUGAAGGUGAAGUACUUCAUAUGAAGGAUAAACCUGCUGGAGCAGGUUCGAGAAGACCUCAUUUCCCCAGGGGUUUAUCGACCUUCCAAAAGCAGGAGAUGGUGGCGAAAGAAAAAGGAAAAGAUGGUAUCAGAAUUGGUUUCUUCCUACAUACUCCUUUCCCCUCAAGCGAAAUCUACCGAGUUCUCCCUGUCCGAAGAGAAAUCUUAUUGGGUGUACUGCAAUGUGACUUGAUUGGUUUCCACACAUACGACUACGCUCGACACUUCUUAUCCUCCUGUACCCGAAUCUUGGGCUUGCAAACUCAACCUAACGGUAUCGAGUUCGAAGGUAGAUACGCUCAAGUUGGUACUUACCCUAUCGGCAUCGAGCCAAUGCAGUUCGUCGAAGGGUUACAAAAAGAAAAAGUACAAAGUAGAUUGAAAGCUUUGGAAACCAGAUUCCAAGGAUGUAAAGUUAUUAUCGGUGUGGACAGAUUGGAUUAUAUCAAGGGUAUUCCACAGAAGUUGCAUGCUUUGGAAGUAUUUUUGACUCAACAUCCUGAAUGGAUCGGAAAGGUCGUUCUCGUCCAAUUAGCCAUUCCAUCCAGACAAGAUGUAGAAGAAUACCAAAAUCUUAGAGCGUGCGUGAAUGAAUUGGUAGGAAGAAUCAACGGUCGAUUCGGUACUGUCGAAUUCAUGCCUAUUCACUAUCUGCAUAAAUCAGUUCCUUUCGAGGAAUUGACGGCAAUGUAUGCUUUGGCGGAUGCUUGUUUGGUCACUUCCACUCGAGAUGGUAUGAAUUUGGUCGCAUACGAGUACAUAUCCUCUCAAUCGAAACGACAUGGUUCAAUGGUCCUGUCUGAAUUUGCGGGCGCUGCUCAAUCGCUUAACGGUAGUAUUCUCAUCAACCCUUGGGAUGUGCAAUCUACCGCUGAUGCCAUUCAUCAAGCACUUGAGAUGGGGCCUGAGCAAAGGAAAUCCAACUGGCAGAAACUAUUCAACUAUGUCAGUAAAUACACUGCCGAAGCAUGGGGUACUACCUUUGUCAACGAAUUAACUCGUCUUUCGGGUCUACCACCUGCCGGACCCGCCGGACCAGGUAGGAAGAAGUCUGGAAGUUUGAGUCGAACUUCUUCCAAAGCCAGUAUCAGAAGGAGAGCAAGUCAAGCUAGCGUCGUAGCUCCUAUUGCGGAAUCAUAG